AUGGAUCCAAUUCAGAGAAUGAUCUUUGAAAGGACAUUAAGCCUCCCAAGUGGGGGGAUGAUUGCAGCUCCAGAAGUACUCCAGCUUGGCCAGAACCUUAUACAUCUAAUAAAAGCCAAAAAGGCUAUCGAUAUAGGCACUUAUACUGGUUCGUCAGCUGUAGCCUGGGCCCUGGGAAUGCCAAGCGAUAGCGAAGUGUUGACAAUCGAUAUCUAUCCGGGAAGUUAUGACAGUAUCAGCAGUAAACUUAUCAGUGAUAGACCAGACAUUUACCCAAAAAUCAAGCGACAUGUGGGACCAGCGGCACAAAAAUUAGAUGCAAUGCUCGCUUCUGGAGAAGCUGAAAAAUGGGACUUCAUAUUUAUCGAUGCUGAUAAAAUUAAUUAUCCACAAUAUUAUGAACAAUCGGUUCAACUUCUGCGACCUGGAGGAGUUAUAGUAAUUGAUAACGCUUUAUGGGGUGGAAGCGUGGUUAAUCGACCUGGUCCUCUAAGGGAUUACAGUACGGCAGCUGUUGACGAAACAAAUCAGAGAGCUUCAAGAGAUUCCCGCGUAUACAAUUACUUAAUAAACAUUAGCGAUGGGGUACAUGUGAUCUUCAAAAAAUACUAA